ACCUUCUUGUCUCCCUUUUGCAGCUUCUGGACUUUGUGGCGUGCGUGCGCGCGUGGCGGUGUGUGUGCGUGUGUGCGCGCGCGCGCGCGCGCGUGUGUCGGUAUAUAGAAAUAUAAUACUGAGCUCCCCAAUUCCGCCAUUUUGGGCAAACUUUGCACACGCACGCACACACCACACGCGCAGAGAGACGCUCCUCGCAGUUUCUAGUGGGAGGGAGCCCGGGAGCGGCCGUGGCGGGGGGAAAGCUCCUCGCCGUGCGUGUCUUUCACGGAGUGGAAACGUGUGUGGGGUGAGGGACGGGUUAUCUUCGCGGGAGACGGGAGAGUGGCACUGGAAUACUGGCAGCAAAAGCUCCCUCCCUUCGUGAAAGACGCGGGGAUUUCUUUUGCGUGUGUCUGUUGGGGAGGAGGAAGGGGUGUUUACAGAGCGAAGGAAGAUGGUUCGUGUGAAUUCUGCUGCCUCAUAACCUGGAACUUUACUGCCCUUCUGCGCUUCCUGUAGUGUAGUCCAUACAAGCGACGGCUGUAGGUUGGCACACUUGUUCUAAGCCCUUCCUGGGGAGAUUGGAAGGCGCGCGUCCAAAGCUUCCCAUGAAUGCGUGUCUGGCGGGGAACUAAGGCCUGCUGUGCGGUUUGAAGAGGUAGAAUAUGAUCAAGCGUGUGGUGGGAAGGAAUCCCCCGAAGCUCCUUCAUCGUUAUUCACACACGCACGCAGCAGCAGGAAGCGUGAUGGGAAAAGUUUGAAAGGCGCAAACGGGGAACCCCUCGGAAGUGUGGGUGAAAGUGGGGCUGGGCUGAAGAGACCAACGGAAGAAGGAGACACCUCCCCUCAAGACGGAGCGUGAUUCUUCUCCAAGCGAGAGGAUCCUGGAGCUGGGAAAAUGAGAGGCACCGAGCAGAAUUAAUCAAGGGGGGAAAGAAUCCAGAACCGUUUCUCUCCUUGGAAGAGAAAACGGCCUCGGGCUUUCCUGAAGGUAUACCUUUAUUUACAACACACGGGUAAAAAGUCACCUUCCCCUUUUCAGCAUAUGCACCAUGAAUGAACCGGCUUCUAGUGGAAAUGGACAAGACUUUGAUGUAUUUAGCGUAAUGGACUGGAAGGAUGGAAUUGGUACCUUGCCUGGAAGUGAUCUGAAGUUUCGUGUGAAUGAAUUUGGUGCCCUGGAAGUGAUCACUGAUGAAACAGAGAUGGAAAAUGUUAAGAAGGCCACUGCUACCACAACAUGGAUGGUGCCAACUGCUCAAGAAGCCUUCUCAGAAAAGACAGAAGUACCACCAAAGUUGAAGGAAACUGCUGCUGUGGAUGGACUCCAUUUCUGUGAAAGCUGUUUUCACUCUGGAACCACAAUGGAGUUUGUAGCUGGAGAGAAAUCUUGUAGCCAAAAAUGUGCCCAUCCAUUGAAAAACAAAGAGCAACAGGAAAACAAAAACAUCUCAGAAUUCAGUGAUGAAGACUGUUCUAAGACCAUGCAAAAAAGGAAAACCAAGUUGCCUCUGAAAGGAGAAUAUAUGGAAGACAGAGACAAGAAGGACAAGGAAACAGAGGAGAAUCCGGAAGGAAGAAUGUUAAGAGUAUCUCAAAGAGCGACACGGAAAAGGAAAAGAGAGAUGGCAGUUUUAAAACAGACUUUAAUGUCAAAGGGAAAGAAAAUGUGGAGUUGGUCAUCGUAUUUAGAAGAAGAAAAAGCCAUUGCCGCUCCUCCUAAGAUUUUUAAAGAGAUGGUGAUUCCAUCAGGCUUUCGAGUAGGAAUGAAGCUUGAAGCAGUAGACAAAAAGAACCCUACAUUCAUAUGUGUUGCUACGGUAACCGACAUAGUGGACAAUCGUUUUCUGGUUCAUUUUGACAACUGGGAUGAGAGCUAUGACUAUUGGUGUGAAGCAUCUAGUCCAUAUAUUCAUCCAGUUGGAUGGUGUAAAGAACACAGAAGGACACUUGUAACUCCUCCAGGCUAUCCACAUGCCAAGCAUUUUACUUGGGAGAAGUAUUUGGAAGAAACCAAUUCUUUACCGGCACCUGCCAGGGCUUUUAAAGUGAAACCUCCUCAUGGAUUUCAGAAGAAUAUGAGACUAGAAGUAGUUGACAAGAGGAAUCCUGUGCUUAUCAGAGUAGCCACCGUUGUAGAUACUGAUGACCACAGAAUUAAAGUCCACUUUGAUGGCUGGGAUAGUAUUUAUGAUUAUUGGAUUGAUGCAGAUAGCCCUGACAUCCAUCCUGCAGGCUGGUGUGGGAAAACUGGACAUCCUCUUCAGCCUCCUCUUAGUCCCUUAGAGUUAGUGGAAGCUUUAGAACAAGGUGGAUGUCCUACAGCAGGCUGCAAAGGAAUUGGACACAUAAAAAGAGCCAGGCAUAUGGGCCAUCACAGUGCUGUCAGCUGCCCCUAUUCUGAAGUAAAUCUGAACAAGGAGCAUAUCUUUUCAGACCGUUUAAGUGGAGGGAUGCCUCUGAAUAAUCCACCUACACAUUGGAACAGGAAGCCAGAAGUAAAUGAAAGAUCAGACUCUCCUGUAAUCAACAGUAGAAAAUGUUCAAGUCCCAGCCGCACUGACCUUAAGCCUUCAGUUCAUCUCCAUUCAUCAGACACCGAUGAGAAACCUCUCUGCAAAAAUCCUUUAAUGUGUGAUGUCAAAGAAAAGACCUACAGGGGAUGCCAAACAGCCAAGGAACUUGCUAAGAAGAAUGGUUGUGAAGGAAGGAAGAUGGAAAGUGAAGAGCCAUCUCUAAAUGAAACCAAAGACAGCAAGGAAUCCAGUAACAGCAGUUCACAACCCGUAAUUUGGGGAUUGUCUUCCAAGUUGACAAUACCAGCCUUUCCAUUGCGAUGGGAACAGCAGAGUAAGCUUCUUCCUACAGUGGCUGGAAUCCCUGCCAGUAAAGUUUCCAAGUGGAGCACCGAUGAGGUCUCAGAAUUCAUACGGAGUUUACCAGGCUGUGAGGAACAUGGCAAGGUGUUCAAAGAUGAACAAAUUGAUGGAGAAGCUUUCCUGCUAAUGACCCAAGCAGAUAUAGUGAAAAUAAUGAGCAUUAAACUGGGACCAGCCCUGAAAAUCUUCAACUCAAUCCUAAUGUUCAAGGCUGCUGACAAGAGCUCUCACAAUGAACUCUAAUGGAAAAGUGAUGACAGGACAGGCCUCUGUACAGCUCAUGUUUUAUUUAAAACACAAAGAUGCAAAAGAAUCAUCAAGGAAGAACUCUCCAAGGGGAAGAAAUCAGAAUGGGUUAAAUGUUCAUACUCUCCAAGAGCCAGGGCAAUUGGACACUUCUGAGAAGUGUUUAAGAUUUUAAGCAAGAUAUUUUUAAAGUUGCAUCGGUAUGUAAUAUUACCAUCCUGGUGGCUCUAAUUUUCCCACAACUAGCCGGCCUUAAUUUGAUUGAAAAAUAAUUAAUUAAUAUAAAAUAUUAAAAUUAUGGAAAUAAUGCUUUUCUAAGGAGUCACAAGUAUGUACUUCCUGUAUUUAUCAAUUCAACUUAGUGAAUUUUACCAUUUUCACAACAAGUUGUUUACACAGUUUAAAAGUGGGCUACGGUAAGUUAAGGAAGACAAUUCUUCAAUUUUGCACUGCAGCUCAAAUGGAAACCUUUGCUUGGACUGAGUCUGAUUAAGCUAUUGUGAGGAAACAUUGCUGGAGAUCAGUGCCAUGGGUUUUUUAUUUUUGCAUGAUUGAAAAAAUAAUGACUACUUUCACCAGCAUAUUUAGGAUGACGUUAUUAAAACAAGAACCAAAAAAAAUCAAGUUCAACAUCUAUGUAAAACUUAUGUUAUGUUACAUUAUAGUGCAUUAAUCCACAGUCUGUUAAUAGAAGAAAAAAAUUAAAAUGCAUAAAAUAAGGGAUAUAGUAAUCCUACUGGUUAAAAAAGAUCAUUGAGCAGGAAGAAUGCAUUACACACAAAAGGAGAUGUAAGUGAAAAGCCAAGUAAGAUAGUUGUGCGAGAGCUAAAGCAAUUGUCCUCUUAUUUCUAGAAGUGGCUUGUCAUUUUAGCAUGUGCCAUAGGAAAAAACAUGAAGCAAGGUAAUUAAGGAUUAGAUUGCAUUGUUCUUGUCAGUUUUCUAAGUCUUCCUCUUUUAUAUAUAUU